UAUCCCAUGGAGAAAGAGACUAUUUAUCAUGCGGGGGAUUGCAAGGGGAUUAGACUACAUAGCCAGAGAGUUGGAUGAAGACUAUGCCCCUCAUGGGAAUCUAAAACCUUCCAAUAUUUUACUCGGUGAGACUGAAGAACCACUUAUAAGUGAGUUUGGAAUCUUGAAUCUUUUAUACGCAAAAAGGGCACUACUGUAUUCGUCAUACGGGUAUAGAGCUCCAGAGAAAGAGUUGACAAAGAAAGCUGAUGUCUUUAGUUUUGGUGUCAUAAUACUUGAAUUUCUAACCGGGAAAAUAGUAGAGAAGAGUGGCAUCGACCUUCCAAAAUGGGUGAAAUUCAUGGUGAGGGAAGAAUGGACUGCAGAAGUUUUUGACGCAGAGCUGAAUAGAGAAGGAAGACGAUGGGCAUUUCCAUUGCUCAAUGUUGCUCUGAAAUGUGUAUCCCACUUACCAGAGCACCGGCCGGAUAUAUCGGAGGUCUUGGAAAAGAUUGAGCAUGUGCUUAAUUCAGAGGAAGACUAUUCAAUGUCAUCCCCAUCUUCCGUAGAAUUCAGCUAACAAGAUCGCAUGGUCGUACACAAGACAAGUGAAACUCCAGGAAAUUGCUAAAUAUCAGCAGCAUGCUUGUUUGGAUCUUUUUGUGAACAUUAACUUUGCA